AUGAAGUUAUCAUGUUCUUUUUCCUUGUGUCGUUUUAGUUGUAACACAUCGUUUAAAGUAUUCAAUAGAAAAUAUGGAAAUAUAUGUACAAAGGGAUUAUUUAACUCCAUACCAAAAAAUAAAAGAAAAGAAAUGUUUUUUUUUUUUAAUGAUAAAAAAAAUUAUUUUAAUGCUUUGUACAAUAAGAAAAAUGAUAAGAAAGAUUUAAUGAAUGAAAUGGAUGAAUUGUAUGAUAAUAUUUUAACAUGUAAUUGGAACGAUUCUUUUAAUUUUGUUUUAAAUGUACCUAUAUGGGAAGGAAUAUUAAAUACAAUAGAUGAAAAAGUAAAAGCAUAUGAAUACGAUGAACAAAUAAUAAAAAAAAAAAAAGAAUUAAAUCAAUUACUAGAUAUAUUAUUUAUAUUAGAAGAUAUAAGAGAUCAUAUUAAUGAAUUACUAGAACAAUCUAGUCGUUCAAAAGGUUUAGCAGGUGCUCAUAUAAUGUGUUCCUUUGAAAUUCAAAACAUGAAUGAACAUAUAGAACUUUUAAAAAAAAAAUAUGAAGAAUUGUUGUUAACAUAUCCUUUAUACAAAUAUCAAAUUGAUUUAGUAUUAGGUAGAGGUCUAGCUUUAUUAAGACAACGAUAUGUUUUUGAUUGGAAAUAUAUGCACGAAUAUUUCUUCUAA